AAACCGAAUGACACAAAAAUAGCUCGGUCGGCAGAUGUCCGCUUAUAUCAAUUGCAGACAUUUAAUAUUUUCAAAACUAUGAUUCACAUAUUGCCCUUCAUUUUACAAAUACCUGGAAUGCUUUCGAUGUUUAUUUCGGCUGUACUAACGGCUUCAAGCGACAUUUUUCAUUUUGCUACAAAAUCAAAAUGGCGGAAUGUUAAACUUUCCAAAUCGAGGCGCUAAUCAUAACAUUAAGCACCCGGAUGUAAACGUUUUAAUAAUGCAGACGACAAAUUCAGCAGUCGAUGUUUAUUUUCGUUCAACGAAAUAGAUGUUUGAUAGAAACAGCUUGCAUUAAAGUAUAUGUAAACAAUUGUGAACCUUAAUUAUUUAUGGUGAACAAUUGAGCACAAUGUUCUAACAGAAACUUAGUCCCUAAUGGCGUCUGGAUCAGAUACUGAUAGUCAAACCUUUGAGAAAUGGUACGAUCAUGAGAUGGCAAAUGAACCCAAAGCGGACAGUGACCUUGACACUAAAAAUGAGAAAUUUGUUGAAGAUUUCUCUUGGUCAGUUAACGAUAAAGACAAUUAUAUGCAGACUGAACAUUCAGGAUCAGCUAGUCCAAGUGAGAGCAUGCCACUUUCUAUGCCCAAAAACUGGAUGCAAGUAGAGCGACUAAAGCAAUUACAAAAGCAAAUGAUGAAACAGGAGAUGUUUUUCAAUUACAAACAAAUAAAGAAAGAAAGUCAUGACAAUACUGAAAGCCCUUAUUCAUUUUCUGCUCAUGAUACUUCAGAUACUGAACACAUGCAGAGUGAAAGUGAUGAAUUUAGUUUUGAAGAUAUAGAUACUCCACUGUAUAUUGCUGAUGUUCCACAGUUGGAUGAUGAAAAGACUAUGUGCGGUUAUGACGGUGAUACAGAUGAUGGUCAGUGGUUCAAUGGUCCUAAAACCAAAAGCAAACUUAAGCCACACACACAUAAAAAAAGAAACCAAAACAAACCAUGUUCCAAUGUAAAACGUUCUAAAAAAGAAAAGAAGACGGCAAUUAAGGAAGAAAUAGUUGGUUUCAAUGACAGUUAUCCAAGCCAUCACCAAGAUAUAAGUGUAUCACAAGAUUUAGAACCAUUGUCAGCCAUAGCUAUAAACAACUCAUUAAAAACUGUGAUUGCAUCAAUUGGUCUGGAGCAUGUUUAUAUGUCAGUAGAGAACAAAGAAAAACCACUUUGGGCAAAAGGUAUUGGUGAUGGUUAUAAAGGAGCCAGUCCUGAUGUAAACAGAACUGUCACUGCACCGUCUAGCAAAGAGCGAUUUGCUUUUAAUGUAAUUGAUGAACUUAGAAAUACUCUUCAUAAGCGAAUGUCUAUUGAACAGGAGAGUUUUAUUGUGUCGAAAUGUACUAAUGAACAGAUCGGUAAUAAAACAAAUGUAAUAAAGAGUGCAGAAAAGGAAAUAAAACCACAAAAUCAAGGUUAUGAAAACCAUAUGAGCAAAAAAAGUCCUUCUUUGACAAAUGUAUCUGACUGUCAUACUUUGUCUGCCCAACAUUACUUGGAACAGUUGAGUAGAGAAAAUUGCAAAUUAAUUGGAAAAUUAAGCAAUGUGGCUUCAAUUGAAGAAAGUUCAUGUCAUCAAGAUAUUCAAACAGUUGAUAGGCAGAUUUCCAAAUUUGAAACACAACAUCCUGAUGAUGAGAAAAAGCUUGAAAUUCUAAGAAGAGAAAUGUCUAUUAAAAGAAAUUUACUGGAAUAUCUGAAAAGGCUUAAAGAUAAAAGCAGUGCACAUGCCAACACAAGUCAAUCAAGUACUGAAGAUAUCAAUGAAAAAUUACUUAAUACUUUGCCAAGUAUGAAUUCAGCUAUGAGAAUGGCAUUGAUUAGUCAGCUGAAGGAAUCAUACCAAACUAAGAAUCCGGUUAACAUAUGCAGCAAAGAGAAAAAUGUACUGAAAGUUGAUUACUUAGAAGACCCUCCAAAGAUUACCGCAUUAAUUAAACAAGAAGUACAUAAUGAAGGGCUACGUGAGAAUACAAGUAGUGCCGAUCAGAAAAUUGCUGAAUGUGGACUAUCUUCACUAAGUCCUAAUAACAAUCAAAGCAACUUAGAUGUUGUAUUUCAGCUGAAUAAAAGUGUUCAAUAUCAGACACAAAAUGAUAAACCUGCUAGCACACAAUACCCUCUUUUUAAUGAACACUCGAGUGAGUGUGAGAACAGUAGCAGAACAAAGACGGAACAAAAUCAGACUGAAUACAAUCAGAUACUUCAGGAGCAAAAAAAUAUUUUACCUUCUAGGAAUAUGGCUCUGUCUAAUAGCUUGCUUCCAUCUAUUGUUUCCAUGAGUACAAACUCCAGUGUUUCACUAUCUCAGACUUCAGGGCAAAGCUUAAGACCAUUAUUCAUUUUGGCAGACAAAAAAUGCAUUUCAUCAACAGGAAUGGUAUCUUCUGUUAACACUGUGGUUCGCCAUCCUGUUGGUUUAACACGCAUGGUUGGAAAUGGUAAGCAACAGUUUCUCAUUUUUUCAGCACCUUCAUCAACUUUGGCUGAUAUGCAAAAGUCAUUGUCACUUACUUCUGCAUGUUCUUCAAUUCCGAUUGCAAGAGUAGCAGUUGCUCCUUCUCAGCCACUAACUUCUUUGCUUGCCUCAACUAAAAGUCCCAUGUGCAGUGUCGGUCUAUCUUCUAGUGACUGCAAAGCAUUGCCAACAUCUUUGUUGAGUAUCCCAAUUGUUAAUGCCCAGGAGAGUGCAAGUGGUAUUCAAAGUACUGACAGAGCAUCAAUGGCAGCCCCAAAUGUAUUUACGCUUGUUAAUCAAACUGGAAAUCACGUUUUGUUGAAGUGCCCUGUAAUUCUACAAAAUCAAAACUAUAAACCAGAAACUUCAGGAUCAGUAGGACAAGGCUCACCACAAGAUUUGUCUGCAGGAAAUAAAAGUUCUGUUAACCAGUUUCUAACACAAGUUUCAAAUUUUGCAAACGUGUUAAAUGGCCAACCAGUUACUGCUGACAGUCAGCUGCUGCCAGUAGUUAGUGCAAGUAAAUCUUCUGCAGUUCCCAAUAAAACUUCACCAGCAUCAGUUAUAAGCUCCAUGGAUAGUUAUAUUACUGUGUCCAAAAAGAAAAGAGACAAAACUAAACCGGCAGUUAAGACUGAGAAAUUGAAAGUAGAAGAUCUUAACAAGGAGAAGAGAGCUUGUUUAAAAGACAAACCAACUGCAAAUGGACAAAUGCGUCCACAAAAGCAGAAACCAUCAAAGAGUACAUCCGAUUAUAAGUCAUUAGGUCAUGAAGGUAGUGGGCAGAGUGUACAUUUCAUCUGCCAAAAGCCAAUUACUGACAUUAUUGAAGCACCACCUACAGAUGUGCCUCCCGUGCCGUUUGUGGAUUUCCCUGCUAGAAUUGUUAUCACAAAGGUAGGGAACAAGCCACAGAUUGUAGCAUCUCCACUGAAGGUGAAAUCUAUAACACAAAUGGAAGACUGCACUGAUGAUGAGAAGGAAUCAUCUGACAUAUCACUUAAAGAGCCUAUUAAAAAUAAAGAGCAAACAGAUUCUAUUAAUAUGUUGUUGAAUCCACAACUGCUCAACAGCUGUUAUGGAGAAAAAAAUCAGUGUACUGAUGAAAGCCUUAUGACAGGGAGUAAGUCGCCUAAACUAGAUGAAGCAAGCCCUGCGCCUGUUUCCAAUGACAUUGAAAUAGCAUCAGAAAUAUCACAACUUACAAACAAGGCAUCUUUCAAGCGAAAAACACAACUAAUUGAAACAUACUUGAUGUCAAACAAAGCAUCUGAUGUACCUAACACAGAUGACAUGCAAACUCCAGAUAUCAAUGGUAGAUUAGACAAUUCUUCAAAGACUAAUGUAACACGUGAUAAAGCUGAUAGUAAUAAUGCAGCUGAUUGUAUCAUGAAGAAUCACAGUAUAGCUAACAUGAAAAGUGACGAAUCAGUGCAGAAAUCAAACUGUCUUAGUAAUGAAAAAACAAAGUUGCCACAGGAUUCAAAUUCUUCAGCUUCACAACCAUCAGUGACACCCAACACACCAAGUGGCAAGAAGUUCAUAAAGACAAAAUUCAUCAUUUUGAAAGGUGAGAUCUGUGACCGAUGGCUUCAGGUGAAGAGAAGGACGGGGUUUGGGGACAUGUCAGACCCCACGUUUGUCCACUACCUGCUGAGACUGGAGGAGGCCAGGCAGGUGCAUGUCAAUUCUGAUGCUAGCUGCCAGGGCUGUCCUUAUAUCUCUCCGAAGGAAGCAGUUUCUGACCAUAAUAACAACCCAUUGGUGGUAGAGACUGGACCAGCAAGUCUUCAGCAAACUCCAAACUCUCCUUCCAAAACUGUUAAUGUCGUUGAUGGAACAAGCAGACCAUCUUCAGUAACAGAGUUGCAAGCCAACAAUACCGCAUUAAAGACCUGUACAGGUGUUAAGAGACAACUGGAGGGCAUGUACAAGGUUGGCUGCGCCCCUGCAAAGAAGGCAAAAUUUUACUCAAAUGCUACAGAGAAACAAAUGUCUUGGGCUAAAGAGGUCUUUAGAGAUUUUAUGCGAGAGAUUGGACUGAAUUGCACAGACUUUGAACAUCAGACCCCCAGCUGGAUUAACAGGCAGCUAUGUUGUUUCUACAUGCAUGCCCGCAUGCUUGACGGCAGCUUGUUCUCUGUGGAGGACCUGCAGACAUUCAGGCGUGCCCUGUCGCUCUACCUGUCCUCCCUACCCAGUGGCAACCACGUGACUGUAAGCAUCGCUCAGGACAUUAAUUAUGCAGACUCCAACACAGUCCUGGCCAAAGUCAUGUCAGAAAGGCUUCUCAAGCCCAGCUUUGAUGAUCUUGCCAUGCCAGCAGUUAUCACCAACAGUGACAUGGAGAAACUGUACAGGUCAGAAACAUUGUCUGAUAAAAAUCCUGUUGCCCUCUCCUGGAAAGUCUGGUUCGAUAUUGUGUACCAUCUAUGCAGGGGGAAGAUGCCAAGAUGUGUGCUGAGAAACCUGAAAAAGCAGGAGUUGGUGCUUCAAAGUGAUGAACAUGGCGUGUACUAUUCAUUCUCAGUGAUAGGCUAUCUUAGUGAUGAACAGCUGUUAAAAAUGUACGCCACCCCUGGAGUCCCCGAGAAAUGUCCGGUGCGGACAACCUCUCUGUAUAUCUCCAAGCUGCAUGAGAAGUGUGAGGCGUUGUUCCAGUACCCUUGCCGUAACUGGACUGCACAGAUCAGCCAGUGGUACACACCCGAGCCUGUCUGCAGGGAUAAGCUGGAUCAGAUGAUGCAGAGGAUCUCCCUGCAUGCACAUCUCUCCCAUGUUUACAGCAACGAAAGCGUUAUCUACACAGCCAGAAGAAAGGCUGUGAGAUCAUGAACUAAAAUCUACAUGUACAUUGCCUGGGAAAAGUGUGCUAUUUACUACACAUAGUGUCAUUCUCUUUGACAAGAAAAAAAAAUUGAGCUUUGUCCUAGAAUUAACAUUUACACUUGCAGGAAAAGUGUGCUAGAUACUGGUACUUGAAAUGAAGAUAAGUGUGCUAAAUUCUUAAAGUGUCAUUUACACUAACAUAAAAUAUGUUCCGAAUAUUUAAAAUGUCAUUCACUCUGCAAAAAAAGGCGUGCUACAUACUAGAUGUGUGAUUUACACUGCAAGGACAAAGUGUGCUGAAUUCUAUAGAAACCUUAUACUGCCCAAACAAACAUGCCUACUUGUUAAAAGGAUGUCCUUUUCUGAUGGAAUAUAUGUGCUUCUAGUGCUAAUGGGUUUUAUCUUCUGUCAUCUUAAGCUCCAAAAUGUUUUUAAUGACUUCAAGGUUUUCAUUUUUUGAUUUAUUACAUAAGUCUUUAUUUAAAUAUUUGUCAUUUAGUACAAUAAUAUACCCAAACCAUGUGAGAUAUAAAACCUCCAUUAUUUGUUUAUUUGAAAACACAUAUGGGUGUGAUUACGUUAAUAUUUAACUGUUAUGUUUGUUAAAUAUUUGUAUUUGCCUGUCAACUACUUAAGGUAAAUAUAACUAUUACUGCAGUCAGUAGCAAGUGUUGCAUUUGUAUUUUUAUGUCCCCACCACUAUAGUGUUUUUUCCCUGUUGGUUUGAGUCAAACUUUAAUAUUUGCAAUAACUUUUGCAUUAUUGAAGAUAGCAACUUGAUAUUGGCAUGCAUGUGUAUCUCAUGGAGCUGCACAUUUUGAGUGGUGAAAGGUCAAGGUCAUCCUUCAAGGUCAAAUAUAUUGGUAAAAAUCGCUCAUUUAAUGUACACUUGUGGAAUAUUGAAGAUAGCAACUUGGUAUUUGGCAUGCAUGUGUCUCUCAUGAAGCUGCAGAUUUUGGUGUGGUGAAAUGUCAAGGUCAAAGGUCAAAUAUAUUAGGGAGACAAAGUGUUUCACAAACAUCUUGUUUGUCUUCCUGUUGUCUACCUUAAUUAUGUAAAUUAAGAAAAGUUAUUCAACAGUAAGAAUAAAAGUAUGUAUUUCUAUGGUGUUAUAUUUUAUAAGUUCUUUUCUGUGCAUGGAUGUAAUUUAUUUUAUUGCUAUGCUAGAAGUCAAACUAUUUAUCUUUGUAGAUUGAGCUUUGACACUUGUUACCCUCUGUGUAAAGAGAAUAUAGAAAUCCUGUAUUUAAUUGUUCUUUACUAGAUUGUAGUGUACAUGUAUUGACUUCUUUGCGUUCAGUCAUAUUUAAUUUGUAUUGUUGUUAUGAAAAAAUAAUACAAAGUCAGACUUUUAAUAAAGAUGUUAAACAAUAUAAAGCGCCUGCAUUUUUUCAAUGUUCAAUAGGUCGCCGUGGUGUAAUGGAUAAGGUGUACGCCUAGGGACCGGGAGGUCACGGGUUCAUCAUUGUGGGAGCGUUCUUUAGAUUUACCCCAAAGACACCAAGUACUGGUUCUAGGCCCAGGAAACGGACUCGGGAGCUUUUAUAUAAGCCUUAGGCUUUGGAUGCAAUAGAGCUCAAAUAAAUAGGUUGAAACUUCUUUUUUUUUCAAUUUAUUGUUGUUCAUAGGCAUAUAAAUAUUAACUUUGAAUUUUGAUGCAAUCCGAAUCGUUAGAGCUGCAUCAUGCAAAAAUGGGUCUUAUUUAAAAAGCUGCCAGCUUAGCUCCUGACUAAAUUUGCAGUCUGGUCAGGAGCUAUCCUGUCUGCUGAUGAGAUCACAGAACUUUUAAAGUGGACAAGGUAGUUCCUACCAGUCUAAGACCCCAUUUUGUAUGACUAAGCACAUUUACUGAAUCAAGAGUCUAAGUAGUUGUUAAUAGGCAUUAAUCAUGUAGAUUAACUAAGAGCUUUUCUCUUGCCUGGUGAAGAACAAGAGUGCAAAAAAAAUUUUGACUAUUUUAUUUGUAAUCAAUAAACUCUGUUUUCUUAUGCUAAGCUUAGAACCAGAAAUACGUUUUGCAUUCUUUAUUGAGUAAUUUAACAAAGAUUGUUGUUUUUCUAGUCUCUACAGAAAUCAAUAAGCAUUGUCUUAGAAACAAACAUACAUGUUAACCUUGCUGAAUUGUC